AUGGGCCUACUGGCCUGGGAGACGGCCAAUUGCAGAAAGAAAUAAAUCGGGAGUUGCGACGGCCGCAAAUAUCUGGUCCCCAACCGCCAUCACCACUAGUCCCGCGUAAACCUCCAGCUCUCCUGCUCGGUUGCUCUCACACUCUCAGGGGAUAAUGGUGACUUUGGUUUCUCUACCAUCUUCUUCCUCGCAUCUCUCCCUACGCCUUCCCAACCAUGAGCCGCUCUUCGAUUCGUUUCUCCUCGGAAGGCAUUGUUGGCCCCAAAGAAAUUUAGGGAACUUGAGAUACUGCACAAUUAAGUGCAGGGUAACCACAACUAGGGCUGAAGAAUCAUCUUCAACAAAUCCUGCUAAAUUGCUGAAGGAACCUCACAAGUAUUUUGAUCAGGUGUUCAUCACCGUUCGUUCAGGAGAUGGAGGCCAUGGUGCAAUUCUUAGUAUGCCUAACCAAAGAGGUUCUAAGUUGCAAGAAAAACAUGGCAAGAACAAGGCAAAGAAGAAAAUUGCAUAUAAGAGAGAUUUUGAUGGUUCCCUUAUCCUUCCUGUGGGUGGUCAUGGAGGAGAUGUAGUAAUUUAUGCUGACGAGGGGAAGGAUACGUUGCUGGAGUUCCACCAAAAAGGCAGGUAUAAUGCAAAACGUGGUGGCAACGUUGAUGCCAUGGGUGUUUUAACUUCCCAAUUGCAUGAUGGUCUUGCUGCCCCAACUUUACGUAUUCCUGUCCCUCUAGGUACAGUUGUGAAACGCAAACGAGGGACGUUACUAGCUGAUUUGGCACAUCCUGGUGAUGAAGUACUCGUUGCAAGGGGUGGUCAAGGAGGGAUUAGCUUGUUAGAGAUGCCAGAGCAUAGAAGGAAAAAGAUGAUGACUUUAACAACAAACGUAAUGAGAGAUGAUAAUGAUAAGGUUUUGGUUCUUGGUCAGCCUGGAGAGGAAGUUAGUUUGGAGUUGAUUUUACGAGUUGUUGCUGAUGUUGGUUUAGUUGGGCUUCCAAAUGCUGGCAAAUCAACACUUUUAUCUGCCAUAACCCUUGCAAAACCUGAUAUUGCUGAUUAUCCUUUUACAACACUGAUGCCAAACCUUGGGCGUCUUAACGGUGACCCUACCCUAGGGGCAGGAAUGUAUUCAUCUGAAGCUACAUUGGCAGACUUGCCUGGUCUUAUAGAAGGUGCACAUUUGGGGAAGGGUCUAGGCCGUAAUUUCUUGAGGCACUUGAGGAGGACUCGCCUAUUGGUCCAUGUUGUUGAUGCAUCUACUGAGGAUCCUGUGAAUGACUAUAUAACUGUCAGAGAGGAACUGCGGAUGUACAAUCCCAAUUAUCUUGAACGACCUUACAUAGUCGUGCUUAACAAGAUAGACCUUCCUCAGGCAUCGAGUAGGCUUCCAUUUUUUAUUGAAGAAAUCUUAAAAAUUGGAUGUGAUGAAGUGCCUGCUCAGUUAGAAAUGAGUUAUGAAGAUGCUGUUAAUUCAUCAUCCACUGAAGUUGGAGAGGCAGAUCUAUCUUCUUCGGAGAUAUCCUAUGAGCAUAUGAAGGAUAAAGAAAUCAAGGACUAUCCUCAGCCGGCUGCUGUUGUGGGUGUUAGUGUUUUGAAAGGCAUUAGAGUAAAUGAGAUGUUGAAGGAGAUAAGGUCAGCCUUAAAAGAGUGUGGGGAUUCAGUUGGAGCAUUGGAACCAAGUGUCAGACCAUGAGAGUGUUACUGUUGUAAAUGUUUGUAACACUUAAUGUGACCUGACUUGGAGCUUCAGUUGUCUGAAUGAAGCUUGGUAGAAUUUUCACCCAGAUAAAUGCAUGAAACAAUUUUGGCCUCCUUACAUUCUAGAGUUACAAUGAUGGUUUCCUCAAAAUGCCAUGGUUAACAGAAGCGACAUUGUCAUCCUUUCUUUCUUGUAAGUUCUAAUUUGGCAUCUUAUUUUCACAGCUUACUUUUUUAUAAUCUGUCUACUUGUAUAAUUUCAUAUUCCAGCCAUAUAUUGACUUUUGCGUUUCAUAUUUCUAUCUUUUUAGACUUGGAUAAAACUUCAUGGUCAGA